AUGAAAUACAUAUCUGAAGCAGAAUCUCGGCGCCUCAUCAGUCACAAGAUUGCGUUCAAGGCGGUCAGAGAGGCAUUGAUAGCUGCUGUUACAGACAGCACAUCGACUGUGUUUCCCGCCGUCGUCGCGCACGCUUCUCAACGCCACAAUGUCUUCACGAUGAAGUCGGGGACCACCUCCACCAUCUCUGGCCUGAAAGUUGGCUCUUACUGGCCAGAGAACAACUCGAGAGGUGAGCCGAACCACAAUACGACAAUCCUACUACUCGAUCAACGAAACGGAAAGGUCACUACUGUCAUCGAGGCUGGAGAAGUCAAUGCCUACCGCACGGCAGCUGCGGACGCCGUGGCUGCUUCUGUUCUCGCUCGUCCCGAUUCCACCAACCUUGCCAUAUUUGGCGCGGGGCAUCAGGCGUUCUUCGAGUGUUUGGCUCUAUCACGUGUUUUGCCGAUCAGGAAAGUUCUAGUGGUUGCAAGAGACGAGAACAAAGCUCAAAGGAUGAUACUUAAACUAGCUGAGCACAAUAUCACGGCUGUCGUUGCUCCUGGCGCUCAACAAGCUUGCGAGGAUGCUGAUAUAGUGGUAACUGCCACACCAUCGAAAGCUCCUCUUUUCGACUUCGCCUGGAUCAAACCGGGCACACAUAUCGCUUGUAUGGGAGCAGACUCCAAGGGCAAACAGGAACUGCCUCCGGAGCUGUUCCCAGCCUCACGCCUUUUCUGUGAUCUGCCUGCUCAAUCUCGUAAUAUUGGAGAGUUUCAACACUGUGAGACGUCUGCCGAUAUCUGCGCUAUCGGGGAUGUACUCGGUGGCAACCAACCGGGCAGAGAGAACCGAUCAGAGAUCACCAUUUUUGACAGCUCCGGAAUUGCACUCCAGGACCUACUCGUAGCGCAAUAUCUCUCAGAAAUCGUGGCCUGA